GUUAAAUAUAGAUUUACCACAUGACCCAGCACAUAACUCCUAUAUAUACGGAUACAUAUAUGUAUGUGUGUGUGUAUCUAUCUAUAGAUCUAUGUAUAGAUCUAUACAUAUAUAUCUACAUAUGCAUAUAUGUGUAUAUGUAUUUCCGAGAGAAUUGAAAAUAUGUUCACAAAAAGCAUAUAUACGGACAUUCAUCGCAGCAUUACUCAUAAUAACCGAAAAAUGGUAACAACCCAAAUGUCCUAUCAAUUGGCAAAUGAAUAAACAGUAUAUAUUCCAUACUGUGGACUGAUAUUCAGUCAUAAAAAAGAAAUGAAGUACUUCUUAUGCCACUACUGGUACUUGCUUCUGUGCUCAUUCAGUGUGGACCUGAUACCUCCUUUGUGAAGUGGCAGAGGAGGAUACUCUGAAAUUCUCCAUGGUCAAUGAAAAGCCCAAGGAAGGAGUCAAGACUGAGAAAAAUGAUCAUAUUAAUUUGAAGGUGUUGGGUCAGGAUGCUUUUGUGAUUAAGAGGCAUACAACACUUAGCAAACUAAUGGAAGCCUGCUGUCAACCACAGGGUUUGUCUAUAAGGCAGAUCAGAUUCUCAUUUGAAAGACAGCCAGCCAGUGAAACAGACAUACCCACACAGUUGGAAAUAGAGGAGGAAGAUAAAACUGAUGUGUUCCAGCAGCAGACAGAAGGUGUCUACUAAAGAAGGAACCUGCCACUUUGUUCCAGAACUCUGUUCCUACAGACCAAGAAUACAUUCUGUGUUAAAAAACUCAAUAUGGGGCGCCUGGGUGGCUCAGUCAAUUAAGUGUCUGACUUCAGCUCAUGAUCUCGCAGUUCAUGGGUUCGAGCCCCGUGUCAGGCUCUGUGCUGACAGCUCAGAGCCUAGAUCCUGCUUCAGAUUCUGUGUCUCCCUUUCUCUCUGCCCCCUCACUCACACACUGUCUCUCAAAAAUGAGUAAACAUUCAAAAAAAAAGGAAAGGGGUGCCCGGGUGGCUCAGUGAGUUGUGCGUCCGACUUCGGCUCAGGUCAUGAUUUCACAGUUCAUGAAUUCGAGCCCCGCAUCAGGCUCUGUGCUGAAAGUUCAGAGCCUGGAGCCUGCUUCACAUUCUAUGUCUCCCUCUCUCUCUG